CGCGGCCGCCCCGCGGACUCGAGGCCUCUUCCCACACGCAGCCGCACACCGACAUGCCCCUCAGGGAGCGGGGGAUGGGGGGGCCCGUCGCAGCGGUGACGGGGCCCAUUAGGCGCGCCGCGGGCAGCCCCAUUUGGCGCCGAGUCUUGAGGCCCCCGUCCCCACGUCACGCAUGCGCAGAGCGGUGUGCGCCGCAGAGCAGCCGGUGUGGGGUCUUUCUCGCAAGCAGGUUCGGACUCGGGCUUCGUGGGGACCGGAAGUGAACCCCGCUUCAUUACCAGGGACAACGGAAGUCACCCCAUUUGAGAGAAGAAACAGGAAGUCACCCUUUUGACCGGAAGUCGCCCCCUGUUGACCGGAAGCCCCAUCUCAUUCCUCACGCGCCCCCUCUUUUUGAGUGGGUGGGACCGGAAGUGCUACCUUCUCUCUGGCCGGAGCCCCCAGCACGGAACCGCCUUUUCUUUCCCGAAAGUUGCACGAUCUUUUUAUGGACGGGAAGUGAUUCUCCGCCUACCGGAAGUGACGUCCUGGGCAGGAAAGGGGGCGUGGCCAGGUGUCUGUUGGGCCUCUCCCCUUCCUUUCCCCCCCUCCCAGCCCUAGGAGUUCUCGGCAGGAGGUGGGUGAGGACGCUGGCCGGGCACCAUGGCGGAGCCCGAGCCCCUUGAGGUGAUGGUGAAGACGCUCGACUCCCAGACCCGGACGUUUACGGUGGCAGCCGAGUUCACGGUGAAGGAGUUCAAGGAGCAUAUUGCAGGCGCCGUCAACAUCCCGGCAGAGAAGCAGCGUCUCAUCUACCAGGGCCGGGUCUUGCAAGAUGACAAGAAGCUGAAAGAAUAUAAUGUGGGGGGCAAGGUGAUUCACCUGGUAGAGAGAGCCCCCCCCCAGGCCCAGUCGCCAGGCUCAGGGGGCCCAUCGGGUCUGGGUGGGACUUCUGCCCCCCACAACGGAGGGAGCGGAGCCCGGGGCCCUGGUCCCACCCCCCACGACCGCAACGCCAACAGCUAUGUCAUGGUGGGCACCUUCAACCUUCCCGUCAGCAUCAUGGACCCCCCUCCACCCACCCCGAUGGAUGGCUCCUCUGUGGACGUUCACAUUAACAUGGAUCAGGCUCCUAUCCAGAGCGAGCCCCGUGUGCGCCUGGUGGUGGCUCAGCACAUGCUGCGAGACGUCCAAGGCCUGCUUAGCCGGCUGGAGGGCAGCACAAAUGGACAGGCCCCACUCCCGCCAGACAGCUCUGCCCCCUCCGAGCAGACCCCACCCCCUGCCCCCGAGGAGCGGGAGCCAAUGGAGGCGGUCAACUCGGAACCCCCCAGCCAGGAGGCUCCUCCGCCUGGGCCCGAGGGCCCCCCUUCUGCUGAGAGCACCCCCAACCACCCGGCACCAGGGGAGCUGGUGGAGGUUCUCCUGGAGCUGCAGCGGGUCCAGGGCCAGCUCCAGCCCUUCCUGCAGCGCUACCAGGCUGUCCUGGGCUCAGCCAGCACAACAGACUACAACAACAACACGGAGGGGCGUGAGGAGGACCAGCGCGUCAUCAACCUGGUGGGCGAGAGCCUGCGGCUGCUGGGGAACAUCUUUGUGGCCCUCUCGGACCUGCGCUGCAACCUGGCCUGCAACACCCCCCGCCACCUGCACGUGGUACGGCCCAUGGCCCACUACACCGCCCCCAUGGUGCUGCAGCAGGCUGCCAUCCCCAUCCAGAUCAAUGUCGGCACCACGAUGACCAUGACGGGCAAUGGGGCGCGGGCAGCCCCGCCCAGCACUGAAGGGGCCCCACCUGCUGCCCCACCCCCUGCCACGGUCCUGGGUGAUGCCCCUGAGGGGCAAGGCCCCACCCCCGGCUCUGGCCCCACCCCCACUCAGAGCCAGGCCUCCCAGACCAGCCAUCCCCGCGUCAUCCGUAUCUCGCACCAGACCGUGGAGCCUGUGGUCAUGAUGCACAUGAACAUCCAGGACUCUGGGUUACAGGUGGCAGGAGGUGGCUCAGGGGGCACUGGGGUCCCUGGUACUCCCGGCUCAGCUGGACAUGGGCAAGGAAUGGGGGGCUCCACGCCGCUACAGAUGCCCAGCCUGCCCCCGGAGUUCAUGCAGGCCAUGGCUCACCAGAUCACCCAACAGGCCAUGGCGGCAGCCGCCUCUGCUGCCACAGGUCAGCAAGUUCCUGGCUUCCAGACGGCCCCAACCCGUGUGGUAAUUGCCCGGCCCUCAGCACCCUCUGCCCGGCCUGGCCCCCCUGGUGCCCCCCAGCCUGCAGGCCAAGGGGUACCUGGCCCAGGGGCCAAUGCCUCGCUGGCUCAGAUGAUCAGCGGCCUCGUAGGCCAGCUCUUGAUGCAGCCUGUUCUUGUAGCCCAGGGCGGCAGCUCGUCUUCAGCCUCGACUUCCUCCUCUUCCUCCUCCUCCUCUUCCACCUCCACCUCUUCCUGCUCCUCCACUUCUGGCCCCUUUGGGGGGGCCCCAGUUUCCCCCCCAACAGCCUCAGCCAGCGCUGGCACUACCAACACAGCCACCACAGCUGCUGGGGGCAGUGCCAGCCCCACACCCAGCCCUGCGUCUGGCCCAGCCCCAGCUCCGCCCCCUCCAGCCAGUGAUGACCUCCAGCUCCCGCAGCUCCUGGGCACCCUCCUGGGGAGCGGGGUGGGGGCUGGCCCCAUUGGGGCCCCGCCCACCAUCACUGUGGCGAUGCCGGGUGUACCUGCAUUCCUACAGGGCAUGACAGACUUCCUACAGGCUGCCCAGCUGGGCUCUGCCCCUCAGGAGCCGGCCCAGCCCCCACCCCAGCCACCUGUGGCCUCCUCUCCACCCCCACCAGCGGCCAGCCCGCCACCACCACGGGGCGGAGCUGGAGGGCGGGGCCGGCCGGCCGAGACCCUGCCCCCCGAGUUCUUCACCAGCGUGGUGCAGGGGGUGCUGGCCUCCCUGAUGGGCUCGCUGGGUGCCGCACAGGGCAGCACCGAAAGCAUCGCUGACUUCAUCCAGCGCCUCAGUGGCUCCAGCAACCUCUUCGAGCUAGGAGCCGAGGGCGCCAUCGGCUUCUUUGGGGACCUGCUGUCGCUGAUCUGCCACAACUUCACCAUGGUGGACAUGGUGAUGCUGCUUCAUGGGCAGUUCCAGCCCCUGCAGCGCAUCCAGCCCCAGCUCCGGCGCUUCUUCCACGAGGAGUAUCUGCACGGGCGCGAGCCCAGCGACCGCAACCUCCGUGCAGCCACCUACAACCUCAUCAGUGGGCUGGAAGACUAUGUCCGUGAAAGCUUUGCGGCGGUACGGGUGCGCGAGGGCGUGGACAUCACCCGCACCAACCUAGACUUCCUGCAGGAGCAGUUCCAGCGCAUUGCCACCCACAUCCUGCGCUGUACUGAUAGCUCUUUUGGGUCCCGGCUGCUGGAGCUGUGCAACCAGGGGCUAUUUGAGUGCCUGGCACUGAACCUGUACUGCCUGCGCGGGGAGCAGGCUGCCCUCACCGCUGUCAUCAACGACCGCAUCCGGCGGCUGUCAGCAGAUGUGACGCCCUCACUGGUGAGCUGGCUGACAACCAUGAUGGGCAUGCGGCUGCAGGUCAUCCUGGACCACAUGCCCGUCACCUCCGAGCAGGUGCUGCCCUACGUCCGCCGCCAUGGUGACCCCCGCCCGCCAGCACCUGAGGAGCCCAUGGAGCUGGAGGCUGAGCAGCCACCUGAGGCCGCCCAGCGGGACAGUGCGGGCUCCCCAGCCCCAGCCACGACAGCAUGUACCCCCGGUGAGUAAAUCCCACCCUGCUCGCCCCUCGGGACACCACCAAGCUGCAGGGGAGGGGAGGGGCACCCACCAGCCUCUGACCCCUCCAUCUGCCCCCAGGAGUGGGUGCCCAUCAUCCGCCAAGACAUCCAGGCCCAGCGCAAGGGGAAGCAGCAGCCACCGCUCAGCGAUGCCUACCUUACCGGCAUGCCCGCCAAGCGCCGCAAGACCAUGCAGGGUGAUGGGCCGCAGCUGCUGCUGGCCGAGGCUGUGUCCCGUGCUGCCCGUGCCACCGGUGUCCAGACCUCGAGUCCUGAAGAGUUACGCCGUGACCUGGCCCAGCCCCCGCUGCAGGAGGCCUAUCGUCGCCAGCUCAAGUCUGAUCUGCAGAAGCGGCUUCAGGAUGACCCAAGCUUCAGCCCCCAGCGGUUCCCCAAUGCCCAACGCGCCUUUGUGGAGGACCCCUAGGCUCCACCUCCUCCCACGGAGCUCCGUCCCCUGCCUGCUCCUCCCCCACCUGGGGACUGAGUCCCAUUCAAUAAAGCCAUGGGCCCAGAUGGCCUCCUGCCCAGACACC